CCAAGGCCAGAAAAUAAAUUAACGGAAACGGAGAUCACAGAUUCACAGAGGUGUUUAAUUAAGAUCAAUGUAAUAAUAAAAACCUUCAAAUAAUUAUAUAAUCGUUUUAUCGUCAUGGGUUUGGCUCUUAUGGAGCCGUUUAAUGAGUAAUGAAUAGACUCCCAAAUUAUUAAUUAUUAAAAUCUAAAAAUAUUACUAAGGACAAGGCCCCGUACGUUUUCAUAGACAGCCAUGAGAGUGAAGUAUGAAAGUUGAAAACUCUCUCUCUCUCAGAAUGAACCAUGGUUUUGUUUGAAUAAUGGACCUAAUUUACGAAUAAAAACCUAGCCAGAGCUGCAUUGCUGCGUCUUCUCGAGGACUGCGUAUUCUUGCUGGAUGGUCAACACCUUAACCUGAUCCGAUUAUUAUAACCAUCUGAUAGAAGCCUGUGGGUUCCACUUAUUCUUGUUCCUGACUCCAUUCGUUCUGAAAUUAUCAAACUUUAUGACCACCCACUCCUUUCUCUCUGCCUCAACGCGCCACCCUUUCAAUAGCGAAGCCGUUAUUGGGUUCUGCAUUCAAGUCAGUAAAACUCUCAAACAACUCAAGCAGGCUCACGCUUACUUACUCAGAACCCAAUCCCAUCAACAUCAUCGACUCCUGAUUCAUCUCACCACGCGGGUCCUCCAGUUUCCCGGCAAUAAUCUCCGAUACGCCUCUCAAUUAUUCGAUCGAAUCCCCCACUGUGAAAACCAGUUCCUUUGGACGUCCAUCAUCCGUUCUCAUGCCCUCCAUGCUCAAUUUAACCAAUCCGUCUCCCUCUACGCUAGGAUGCACCGGAUGGACAUCCCGCCCACUGUAUUCACCUUCUCCUCGGUGCUCAGUGCUUGCGCACGCAUUCAGGCAAUCCAAGAAGGCAAACAGGCACACACUCGAAUUGUCGAGUCCGGCCAUUUCGGUAAUAAAAUUGUGCAGACUGCUCUUCUCGAUAUGUAUGCAAAAUGCGGGGCUGCAGAAGAUGCAAGACGUGUUUUCGAUCAAAUGGCCGAUAGAGAUGUCGUCGCUUGGACGGCCAUGAUUGCCGGGUACUCCAAGACCGAUAGGAUGGACGAUGCGCGUCAUCUAUUCGAUGUCAUGUUGGAACGCAACGUCGUUUCUUGGACAGCCAUGGUGGCAGGGUAUGCAAAUGCAGGCAAUGUCGAAGCUGCGAAAGAACUGUUUGAUCAAAUGCCAGAAAGGAACUCCGUGACAUGGACAGCCAUGAUUGCUGGUUAUGGAAAACACGGGGACGUGACUGAAGCCAAGCAAGUAUUUGAUGAGAUACCGGUACGCGAUUCGGCGUGUUGGGCUGCGAUGAUUGCGUGUUACGCACAAAAUGGGUAUUCUACUGAAGCAAUUGAGAUGUAUAAGAAGAUGAGAGAAGCAAAUGUAAAGGUGAGCGAGGUUGCCAUGGUUGGAGUAAUAUCUGCUUGCACACAACUUGGUGAUCCAGAUACGGCAAAUACAGUGGCCGAUCACAUGGAAGAAGGCGUCUGUGAUAGGACGCUGGUUGUAUCCAAUGCGUUAAUCCACAUGCAUGCAAAAUGUGGGAACAUCGAUCGAGCUUGGAAAGAAUUCAACAGAAUGGUGAAGAGAGACGUUAUCUCUUACAGUGCAUCGAUCGCUGCCCUCGCUGAUCACGGAAUGGCCCACGAAGCUCUAGAACUCUUCUCGAGGAUGCAGAAAGAAGGACUAAAACCCAACCAGGUGACGUUCGUCGGUGUGUUGAAUGCUUGCAGCCAUGCAGGACUAGUGAAGGAAGGGUGCAAGUACUUCGAUUUGAUGACUAGGACGUGUAAUAUCGUCCCAUUGACGGAGCACUACGCUUGCAUGGUUGACAUUCUGGGACGAGCUGGGCGGCUCGAACAGGCGUACAGGCUUAUCUUGGACAAUGGGGCUACACCAGAUGCCGGAACUUGGGGUGCUCUAUUGGGAGCUUGUAGAGUUCAUGGCAAUGUCGAACUGGGUGAGAUUGCGGCAGCGCAUCUGUUUGAACUUGAACCUGAGAAUACUGGAAAUUACGUGCUCAUGGCCAAUAUUUAUGCAUCGGUGAAUAGAUGGGAUGAUGCAGCAAGGAUGAGGAAAUUGAUGAGAGAAAGAGGAAUUAAAAAGUCUCCAGGGUUUAGCUGGAUAUCCAGGUGAAGCAGUAGUCAAUUUUUUUUUGGUGAAUAAGCAGUAGUCAAUUCACACAAAUGCAUGGGAGUGCAAAUCAGAAGAGUGUGAACUCCCCGUACACUUUUUCUUCAAAUAAAACUAAGUAAAUUUCAAAAAAAAAAAAUCCGAAUUUGCAUUCAAUUUAUUUGCACCACCCAUAUUUUUCAUCGUCACCUAAGCUUAGCUUGGGGUAGGUGGUAGGCUAUAUAAAUCUUGUUUCACUAUUCUGUUAUGUUUUAUGUCAGAUAAUGGAAAAGAUAAUUUAGGAUCCAUAACCAUGUGCUUGGCAUAAAUUU